AUGUAUUCGACUAGUGCAAAGACAGUCAAGCCACAGAGGGAAAUGCCUGAUGAAACUAUGCAUUCUGACAUGAAGGCAUCUCUUUAUGAAUUGCCAUCGUCAUUUAUCGUUCCAGUCCCUCAGCUGAAGGCUUAUCAGAAAAUCAAAACCCGUCUGGUUAGAGAACUUGAAAAGAUAAGAAUUUUGAUCAAGGCUACAAGGAUGAGCAAGAGGGUGAACAAGCAAGAGAGACCAAGAAGCCCUUCACUGACAGCUCUGGAGACAAUCACAUCUGUUUACAAGAAGCUGACUGGCAAAGAUGUGACUUUCGAAUUCCCUGAAUUUGUAUUGUAG